AUGCACGUGGAACGUCACGCGUCGUACCCUCGAGUAUGGUUCUGUCACUUUAGGAGGGAGCCUAAAUCAAGAGAUGAGAUGAGCUCCCAGUGCCUGGCACAGAAGUGCUGUACGCACGAGGAAAGAAUUCAAGCGAUCGUGCAGAAUUAUCCAGAAGGUUCGCAAGUGUCCGCCAUUUCUAUGGCAAUGGACAUCGUCCAGAGACAAAUUGGCUGGAUCCCAAUAUCGGCUAUGCACAAGGUCGCGGAACUUCUAAGCAUGCCAAGAAUGAGGGUCUAUGAAUGGGCUACUUUUUAUACUAUGUGUAAAAGGACAUAUAGAGGCAAAUUCAACGUGAAAGUCUGUAAGACCUUGCCAUGUAUGUUGCGUGGGUCUGACAUAAUACUUCAAGCGGUGGUAGACGCCACCGGCUGUCCUGUGGGUGGCCUUUCUGAAGACAGAAUGUUUGGAGUGGACCUUGUAGAGUGUCAGGGCGCUUGCGCUAAUGCCCCCGUCGUAGUUAUCGAUGAUGAUUACUAUGGCCAGGCAGGAGAGAGUGUCAGACUCUUACUGACUAAAAACCCCCCUGUUCCUUCUCCUGCUCUGUGCCGAGGUCGCGGUGCCUCGUUGCGCUUACCCCGCAACCCCGGCUGA